CGUCGUCUGGUGGCACACAUUUCAGCCCAUAAAAUGUGCUUUUGUUUCUUAAUUGCUGUGUGAUUUGUGAUCCCUCUUCUUUCAAUGAUCCACUUCGUGUGUUCCAUCGGUUCAAUCCGCGUGGAGUUUGUGUCCAGGUGUUCUAAGCGCCUCCCUCUUCUGCUGCUGCUGCUGCUGCUGCUGCUUGGCUACAUUGUAUCAGUUCCCACACGGAGAGCCACCGCCGCCGCGCUGUUUCACGCACAAUCGGCGAAUACGGAGGAAUUAACCUGAGUGGAAAGCUAUUCGCUGUGGGAUUACAUUGGCCGAGGGUCGCGGGAGAGGAGCGGGCUUGUUAUUGGGUCUACCGGCUGCACCUCGAACAUGUCCUCUUCCUCCCCCCCCGGGCUCGAUCGUCUUCGUUGUUGACGCGAACGUUAUCUCCGCUUGAGAUGGCACAAGUCCAGUGAAUCGCUGGCCUCCCUUCCUCUCCUGUGGUGGAUGUCUUUGGGGAUUGCGCCGCCACUGCUGUCGCCUGCUCCAGUCGUUCUCGAGCUGCUGGUGCAAUUCGAAAGCCGUUAUUCUGACUUGUACUUUUUCUUUUUUUUGGACGGAGUAGCCGUCACCAUGGAAAAACGAGGACCCGGAAUACGCAUGGCGAGCUAAGUCAAACAAAAUGUGGCCAAAUGGAACAGGAACGAUUAGACCGUGAAGAUUCUUUAACCCCUGCCCCUGAGUCCCAACCGUCCGAGAUAGCGUUGGACCUCACUGAGGCAAUCCUGGGCCGUUGGCACUAAAAUGUCCCUAAGUGGUGGCACUGCAGGCGGGAAAGGUGUGGACUCUAAUGCGGUGGACACUUACGACAGCGGGGAUGAAUGGGAUAUCGGUGUUGGAAAUCUGAUUAUUGACCUCGACGCUGACUUAGAGAAGGACAAACUUGAGAUGUCUGGCACCAAGGACGGCAUGGCGGCACCACCCAGUGCAGUAGCAGCGUUGCCCGACAACAUCAGGUUUGUUAGCCCAGUGUCUGGCUCUCAAGGCAAGGAAAGCAAAUCCAAAUACAAGCGCAGUAAAAACUCUAAAGACAAUAAUAGCAAAGCUUCGACCGGAGAUGGGGCGAAAAAGGAAGCGACGGGACGGACUCAAGGCGAGCCAACUGGCACGGCGGCGGCUGUGGUGGUUGCAGGCAACAAUUCGACCUCUGGGAAGAACAUAGAAAAAGGGGGCAAACCCUCCAGGGGUGUUCUGAGUGGGAAAAAGGACAAAGAAGGGGCUACGGGCAAAAGUAAAAAGGACAAAACCGAGGGAGCAGCAGUUGUGGCGAUUGCUGCAGCGGAGAAGGAGGUUGUGUCUCAAGUUCAAGUUGCUCUGGGGAACUGUCGCAAUGCACCCUUCGAGGGCACACAAUCAACAGACUUAGUAGAAGCCAAUCAAAUUGGGAAUAUUGCUCUUGAACCUGUUGGGAUAUUACCGGCAUUAACCGCAAAAACUGAGCCAGAGGAAAUGGAAAACGGUAAUGCUGAAUGCAAGACCUUGAAGAAGGUGAAAAAUGAAAAGAUGGAAUCGCCUGUCUCAACACCAGUCCCUCCCCCUCUGCAUCUUUUGGCUGCAGUAGGCAACAGUGAGAUUGCCUCGCCAUGUGAACAGAUAAUGGUGCGUACACGUUCAGUAGCAGUGAACACAUCCGAUGUGGCCCUAUCCACGGAACCCGAGUGCUUAGGACCCUGUGAACCCGGUACAAGUGUCAAUCUCGAAGGCAUUGUGUGGCAGGAAACCGAAGACGGCAUGUUGGUGGUAAAUGUUACUUGGAGAAACAAGACUUAUGUGGGCACACUUUUGGACUGUACACGGCAUGACUGGGCUCCACCUCGGUUUUGCGAAUCCCCUACAAGCGACUUGGAAAUGAGGAACGGCCGUGGCCGAGGUAAACGGAUGAGACCAAACAGCAACACCCCGAUCAACGAGAACAGCAACUCAUCAGACAACAAAGGCGCCACCAACAACAAGACCCGCGCUGCUUCGAACAGUAAGGGCCGAAGGGGCAGCCAGACACCAUCGGAGCGCCGCACUCCUCCCAACAGCAACACAGAGGAUAUUAAGGCCAGUCCCUCCUCAACUGGAAAGCGUAAGGCCAAGCCUGCAUCGGACAUGGAGCCGAAUUCAAGCUCGGAAGACACCAAAGGCAACAAACGCAUGCGGACAAACUCCAAUAGCGGAGGGGUUGGGCUAUCGGGUCUUCUCAUUCCUUCGAUCAAGACUGAGCCACUUCCACCUCCCCUUGAUCGGAGCUGUCCGUCACCUGCUCUGAUUGAUUGCCCUCAUCCCAAUUGCAACAAGAGGUAUAAGCACAUUAAUGGUCUGAAAUACCACCAAGCCCGUGCCCACACGGAGGAUGACGUGAAGCUGGAAUUAGAUGUCGACAGCGAAUACGGGGAGGAGUCCACCCUCCACCCUGAACCUGAGAACUGUAACGGUGCAUCGAUUUCACACAAGGGGUCCUUUUCUCCAGCACGGUCAGUCACACCGAAAGGAAGGAACUUUGAGGUCCAAAGUACUUCGCCAUCACCUGGCAAGUUUUGCUCAAAGCAGAGCAAAAAGAAAAUGGCUGAAACGGAACCAGAAAUAAGUACACCGAUGGAAGGCUGUGAUGAUGGGGCAUGUCUUUCUGAUGAAGCCAGUAAUGAUGGCGUCGAUGAAAAAAGAGGUUCUGACAAGUCCAAAAAAGCUAACGCAAAGGCUGACAGAAUGGGCCAAAAAAAUAUGAAGUCGCCACGAACAAUUGCCACUGGCCCCUCGGCUCCACAACAGAUGUACUCUUUCCCUGCAGGAAACCCGAAUUCUUCACCGGGGCUUACCCCCGUUUUGCAAGGAAUCCCCAAAAGCCCCCAAAUGAAAGGCACACAGUCCAAAACCCCCGCCGUAGGAGAUCCUCCCGCAAGCAGCACCAAAGACAAGAAGAAGAAAGACAAGAAGAAAAAGGAUGGUGGAAAGGACGCUGACAGCCCCAAGUCGAUGGGAAAGGGGGGGAGGCUGGAGGAAGGAAAACCAUCAUACGCAGAAGUCCCUGAACAAGGAAAUAAGGCCGAGGGGCUCCUCAAUGGGUCUUCAGACCCUCAUCAGAGUCGGCUGGCAAGCAUCAAGGCCGAGGCUGACAAGAUCUACAGUUUCACAGAUAAUGCUCCCAGUCCAUCCAUUGGAGUAGCCAGUCGAAUAGAUGGCAGUGGAAUGCCACAGCCUCUUACACCUCUUCACAUGAACCAGAAUGGCGCUGACAACUCAUCUGUGAAAACUCACAGCCCAGCCUACUCGGACAUCUCCGAUGCCGGUGAGGAUGGUGAAGGCAAGCUAGAGAAUGUCAAAAAUAGGACAGAAGACCAGGCACUCAGAGAAAGUGUCAAAAAAGCUCUUUUCCCAAAUCCGCCACCCAACAAAGAGUCUCCGUACUAUACUGGCUAUGAGACGUAUUACUCGCCCAAUUAUGUCAACCCGAGUCCUGGUGGACCAAAUCCAGCCACACCGGUGACGGAAGGUCAGGUCAAGAUCAAAAGAGAGGAUGACCAGGAUCAGGGUGAGGAGAAAGUCAAGGUUGAAGUUCAUGAGGAUCGCAAACCUGAUAUCGCCCCUGCCCAGCAUCAGCAGCAGCAGCAGCAACAGCAGCAACAACAGCAGCCCUCGGUCAUUCAACAACGACCCAACGUGUAUAUGCAACCACUUUACUACAAUCAGUAUGCCUAUGUACCCCCAUAUGCGUAUCAUUCAGAUCAGGCGUACCAUAACCAUUUAAUGAAUACCAACCCAGCCUAUCGACAGCAAUUUGAGGAGCGUCAGCGACAAAUGGCAGAACAGCACCGUGCCGCUGAGAAAAAGGCGGACAUGGCCAUGAAAGAAAGAGAAGCUUCCAUCAAGGAGGACUGGAAACAAAAGAACGCGAUGCAGCCAAACCUCUCGAAAACCUCAAGUCAGUCUGAGACUGGAAAGACACCACAGCCUACCAGUAAAUCCAGAGAUUCACCCUCUGAAGUUUCAUCCAAAUCGAUGGGAAGCAUCAAGGCGGAGGACCUCAAGUCCCAGCAAGUUGAAGGGCUAAAGAUGAAGCUGACAGAAGGGGGCCACCAUGGGAAGGAGGACUCAAAGCAAGCGCUUGAUUCAAGAGCUCAGGCUGGUGCAGAGCAGGCUGUGUGGUACAGACAGCAGUACCCUGAGAGCCAAAAGGCUCAAGCGGAAGGUGAACACCAACAACAACAAUCUCGGUGGAAAGAUGAACGGGACAGAGAACGGGAACGCGAUAGGAAAUCAAAGGAUGACAGGUGCAGGCCAAAGGACUCUCAGAGCGGGCCUAAGGAAGACGGCAAAGAAAUGACUGACCCCAGAAUUAAUUCUGAGGAACUUCGGACCUUGAGCAAAGACUCUCGUACGAAUGCCCACUUGCAGUUCUCAUCACCACUAGCGCAGCAUCAAGGAUACAUGCCAUACAUGCAUGGUUACCCCUAUGGACAAGGGUAUGACCCCAACCACCCUGGUUACAGAGGCAUGCCUUCGGUCAUGAUGCAGAACUACCCAGGUUCUUACCUUCCUGGAGGUUAUCCUUUUUCUCCGUACGGCAGUAAAAUAGCUGGAGCUGAAGAGGCCAAUGACAAAUCCCGCACGAGCCCUACUGUCAACAAAAUGGCUACAGACUCCAAAGCUCUAGACAUCUUACAUCAACACGCCAGCCAAUACAAAAGCAAAUCUCCGACAGUAGGGGACAAGCCUUCCCUCGACAGAGAGCGGGAGCAGGACAGAGGAGCUGGUGGAGAAAGGGAUCGGGAAAGAGAUCUAGAUCGGCCACGCUCCUCGCCUUCCCAGCGGAUCAUGCCCUCUCACCACCACCUGGGAUACCCCCUGCUGUCAGGGCAGUAUGAUCUGUCCUACGCCACAGGCAAACCUGACCGCCACACCUCAAGCCUGCAAAGGUUCAUGUGACUGGCUCACAUGAGAAAAGGAUGUCCCAGGUGUUCUCUUUUAGACAUCAGUUCAAUGGUGUUUCUGUGUGCUUAGUUGAUCUGCCCGAGUGUUGGCAGCUCGUUCACGUCUUUCUUCCUCAUAGAAAGAAUCUCAAAGCUUGGACUGAACUAAUCCAGGUUCAAAGCCAUCACUCUCUCCCUUCAUGCAGAGGAAACACCUCGUCCCUCUGAUUAUCUAGUCUUUGCACUGUCAACAAAUACAAUGCAAAAAUGGACUAUUGGACUUUUUCAGAUUUUGUUUUGGCUCCAUUAUUUUUAUUUUUUAUUUUUUUGUCGUGUACGGAAUAAUCUAGUCGAGGAUUUGGGGGGAGUUGGGUGACUCGUGGCAAAGGGGAGUCCAAUUAAAUUAAAGACUUGCAGAGAAAAUCUUAUUGAGAUGAGUUCAACUUUAUGUCACCGACAUUUUGUAUGCCGUGACGCAACGAUAUAUCCGAAACUUGACAAAUGUUUGGUUCUGUUUGAUUGGGGACAGGGGAAUAUGGCAACUGCUGCUUUCUUCAGAGACUUAAGAGAGCCCGAGACUGAAGUUUUCAUUCUCACUGUCACAAUUAUUCCCACCUCUAAAAUCCUCAGUUACUUCUUUCAGGGAUGAUGUCACCAUGUUUUUGCGAAGGGACCUCAUGCACCUCAACCGAGAAUAAUCGACGUGGUCAGUGUUUGCGUUUGUCAAACUACUCAACUUCAAUAGCGGUGGUCUUCUUUGAAUGUCUGAAUGCUGGUGUCAACGCUGCUUCGCCUCAUAAUGAAACGGAGAGUGAAGCCACAUGAGCUAGGGUGACACUUGUCGGGAUACACCAAGCUUACUCUGCCUUGAUAAGUUUCUGUUCUGCUGUAACAUCGACCUUCCAUGGAUAAAUGACAUGGUUGAGUCCCAGAACGUGCGCGGACCAUUUCUGCAUCCCUGCGGACGUCUGAAUCACGAUCGAUAUUCGGACCCCUUGCAGCUCAAUGUGUCCGUCUGUGGCUGAUGCGACUUCACUCCUGAUUCAUCUCGUUGUCAUUAUUUUUGGAUUGUUUCUUCAAGCAGCUGGCUUUAGAUCAGUCCAAACUUGAUACCUUGGUCAGCUGCUAUCUGGGAUGUAACAUCAUCAUCUGGGGCACAUACUCAUUAGUGCAAAAAAGAUGAAUACGAAACAUACAUCAUACACAGUCAGUGGUGGGUGAAUUCAAUAAAUAUAUCCACAAUGUCCUCUUAUUCGUGUGUUCACAUACGUGGUGCUGCAGUGUAAAUCCAAUGUUUGCCAUCAAGUCAUGCCCAAAACUAUAACCGGAUACCGUACUCCGCGUACAAAUGUGUGUUUGUCUGAACAGUUGGCUGGGUGAGAAGAGCGUGUCUGGGACUCCGUUGUCAUCAAAUACAAUCACAUUUUUGCAGUCCUUUGUGUUUGUUAGCAUUGUUGCCCAGCCCGGAGUCGGAUUUGACAGCAGCUUGCAAUCCUCCACGUUCUUGGCCUUCCCCAAGUCCAUCCCAGCCAUUGAGCAAAAUCGCAUCUCCUCGACGUAUGUGCAUUUUAAAGAUGACGAAUGACUGAAUCAGAUGAAUGUGAUGGUGUUUGAUUAGUAUUUAAUCUGUAAAGGUAAUCUAGGCAGCUUCGAUGUUGUCAUUCAAGUCAGUGAGGUUUUAGUACCAGCAGACUGCAUACAUACAGUAUAGUUUUAUCCAACAAUGGUUGUGACAAGUGCAUUUGUUCGCUCACAGAGUAGUACUAUUAUCUCAGUAGUCGGCAAAGCCCAGUGAAAAAUCGAAACUAUAUUCUCAAAGUGUAUGAAAAGCCAGAAAAGUUUGUUUGCUUUCAACAUUAAUGGAACGUGCUUGGCUCUUGUGUUUUGUUUCAAUGGUGCAGAGUAUAUUUAUUGGCCAGCAGUCGGUGCCUAGUUGAACAUUCUUAUGUGAAAACACGGAGACGCUCGCUCGUUUGUCCUUUCCUGACCCCGAUUUUUGUCGUACAAAGACACCCCCUCACCCACCACCACCCCCUCAAAAGUACCCACAGAGGUGCUUGCAAGGAUGUUUACAGUGUCUUCUUCUGUGUGAGACAUUCAGAACUCUCGCCCUCCCCCACCUCCUCUCCUCUUUUCUCCCUUCAGGAGUUUGUGAAAAGUGUACAUUACCAUGUUUCUUUUUUUUUUUUUAUACAAUACUCUGUAACUUGCCUUUGUAAAUUUGGGCUGGAAAAAAAAAUAAAUCUUUUUAUGAGACAAUC